AGUAAAACAGAAUAUAUGCUGGCUGUUGCAGGAAAUGUGGUCGGCCUGGGCAACGUGUGGCGGUUUCCUUACCUCUGCUACAGGAAUGGUGGAGGGGCCUUUCUGGUGCCAUAUGGUCUGCUAUCUGUGGUGUUGGGGGUACCUAUGUUCCUGCUGGAGAGCUCAGUCGGUCAGUACACCCAGGAAGGAUUCGUCACCUGCUGGAGGAAGUUGUGUCCUCUGGCACAAGGAAUUGGAUGUGCACAAUUGGUGACAAAAAUGUACGACUUUAGCUACAUAUUAAUGCAAGUCUGGGCUCUCUUCUACCUGGUGUUCUCGUUUAGAGCCCAGCUGCCCUGGGCCACCUGUGAGAACACCUGGAAUACAGCAAACUGUGUUGAAUCUUCCUCAUCAAAUCUGACAGUAAAUCUGACCGUGCUGAAAAACGCGACCCCUGCUGCUACUGAGUUUUGGGAGCGGCGAGCGCUGGGCAUCUCUGGAGGCAUUGAUGAGCUGGGCAGUGUGAGAUGGGAGCUGGCUUUGUGUCUUCUGGCCUGCUGGGUGUUCUGCUACUUCAGUAUCUGGAAAGGUGUCAGAUCUUCUGGAAAGGUAGUGUACUUCACUGCUACGUUCCCCUAUGUGAUGCUUCUGAUACUGCUCGUCAGGGGUGCUACUCUACCUGGAGCUUGGGAAGGGAUCUACUACUACCUGUAUCCAGACCUGAACCGCCUGGCUAACCUUGAGGUCUGGCUAGAGGCAGGAUCUCAAAUUUGCUUCUCCUACAGUCUGACUGUUGGGAUUCUUAAUGUCCUGGGCAGCUAUAAUAAGUACAACAACAACUGUUAUAAGGACUGCUUUUGGCUCUGUCUACUCAACAGUGGGACCAGUUUUGUUGCUGGAUUUGUCGUCUUCUCUGUACUUGGCUUCAUGGCUCAGAAACAGGGUGUUCCUGUCGAAUCCGUGGUCGAGUCAGGUCCAGGUUUGGCCUUCAUAGCGUACCCUCAGGCCACAGCUAUGAUGCCUUUUCCACAGUUCUGGACCGUCUGUUUCUUCCUGAUGCUCAUUCUACUAUCUGUUGACACACAUUUUGUGACAGUGGAGUGUUUUAUCACCACAAUAAGCGACUUGUUUCCGAAGCUGUUUCGUAAACCAGGAAGACACGAGUUGCUCGUCCUUUUCGUCUGCUCAUCUUUUUUCCUCGUACAUCUGCUGUUGGUCACUGAGGGAGGGAUUUACAUUUUCCAGCUGGUUGAUUAUUAUGGCAUCACCAGAGCGUGUCACUAUUUCUUGGCUUUAUCCGAGUGUCUGGCUCUGGCCUGGAUCUUUGGUGCUGAUCGUUUAAUUAACAUCAUUGAGGACAUGACAGGACAGAGACCAUCUGUUUUCUUCAAACUCUGCUGGAAAUACAUCAUUCCUCUGCUGUCACUGAUUUCCUUAAUCGUGUACCUGGUUGAUUACAAACACCUCAGCAUCAAUGACUGGUACACUUACCCUGACUGGGCGUAUGCACUGGGAUGGGCCAUGACACUGUCCUCUGUUCUCAUGGUGCCACUGUGGGCAGCUGGACAGAUGUGUGUGACAGCAGGAACCUUCAGACAGCGUUUGUUCGUCCUUUGUCGUCCCACUGAAGAUCUGGACCGGCAGGAGAGAGACUUAGAAGACGAGGGGACGACUGUUGAACUCAGGACGUCUGCAGCCACAAGUUAG